AUGGAUGGCAACGCCUCCGAACAAAGCCGCCGUAUAGCGGAGGUGUCAUCGUUGUCGGAUGAGCCUAAUGAUCCCACACUAAACCGCCGAGUUCCCGCCACGUCCCCCCAGAGCUUCACUCCGCGCUCACUUCUCGUCGGUUUGAUUAUAGGAGCCCUCAUAACCUUUUCAAACACCUACUUUGGCUUGCAGACAGGAUGGAUCAGUACAAUGGCCAUGCCGUCGGCCUUGAUUGGCUUCUCAGUCUUCAAGGUUUUGUCUAAGCACUUGUCCUUCCCAUUCACACCUGUUGAAAAUGUCUUGAUUCAAACUGUGGCGGGUGCAGUAGGGACUAUGCCACUUGGGUGUGGAUUCGUUGGUGUCAUACCUGCUUUAGAGUUUCUGAUGAAGCCUGGUGAGGACGGACCUGAGGGCGAUGGCGGAGAUGGUGAGGGCGGGCCUCUGAAUCUGAGCUUCUGGAAGCUGGUUAUAUGGAGUCUUGGAGUCUGCCUGUUUGGUGUUGUCUUUGCGGUUCCGUUGCGGAAAGAGGUCAUCGUCCGAGAGAAGCUGCGAUUCCCAAGCGGCACUGCAUCGGCAUUGAUGCUGAAGGUUCUACACGGCUCUGGAAGCGACGAAAAAGUUGUAGCCCCAGAAAGGUCUCAUGCUAGAGUUUUGAGCGCAGAGACCGAACCCUCUGGAGACUCGCAGGAGGGCACUGGUCUUUUGAAGGACGUUGAUGCUGAAGAUCAAGCUUCAAAGGAGCAAGAUUGGCGAUCGAAAAUGCGGCUCUUGGUUGGAGCUUUCGUAGUUUCAGGGAUAUAUACAUUGUUUUCUUACUUUGUCCCUCUCGUCCGUGAUAUUCCCCUGUUUGGUUUGAGCAUGGCUCACAACUGGUUAUGGACUCUCAAUCCCUCACCUGCAUAUAUAGGGCAGGGGAUAAUCAUGGGACCAUCAACAUGCAUGCAUAUGCUCUUUGGGGCUGUGCUAGGAUGGGGUAUCUUAUCGCCCCUGGCUAAGAGCCGCGGGUGGGCUCCCGGCCCAGUGGACAGUUGGGAAGAUGGCAGCAAAGCCUGGAUUGUCUGGAUAUCCUUAGCAAUCAUGCUUGCUGACUCUAUAGUCAGCCUUGGGUGGCUGAUGCUCAGACCCAUUGUGAAGUAUUCUCCAAGGUGGGUAGCUUGGGCCCAGUCCACUCGUACUGGACAAUGGAUUGCACUCCGAUUGCAUUCCAGCCAGCAUUCAUAUAUCAACUACUCCACCUUGGAGUCUGAAUCUCAUGCGUUGUCUCGUGAAGAUGAUAACACCCACCAAGAGGCAUCUACGAGUGAGGAGGAAGAGGAGGAUGCCCCGCCAUCUGAGCUUAUCUCAACUCGCACAGUAGUCAUUCUCCUUCCCUUGACUCUUUUGCUAAAUGUGGCGUGCAUGCACAUUGUAUUUGGCGAUAUCAUUUCCCCCUUCCUCUCUACACUAGCCACCCUUCUGGCUGUUGUCCUGUCCAUCAUGGGAGUUCGGGCUCUUGGCGAGACCGACCUCAACCCGGUUUCGGGUAUCAGCAAGUUGACACAACUCCUUUUCUCGCUCGCCACGCCGUCAUCUCAUUUUUCUAGACGCACUGCGCUAGUGACGAAUCUCCUCGCUGGUGCAGUGUCCGAGUCAGGAGCUCUCCAAGCUGGUGAUAUGAUGCAGGACUUGAAGACUGGCCACCUUCUUGGCGCGAGCCCCAAGGCUCAAUUUUACGGUCAGAUGAUCGGGAGUCUCGUGGGUGCAGUUCUGUCAACUGCUGUAUAUAAACUAUAUGUGAAUGUCUACGAAGUACCGGGCGAUAUGUUCCAGACCCCCACUGCGUAUGUCUGGAUCUUCACAGCGCGCCUCGUGACUGGCCAAGGCCUACCCGAUAUGGCUUGGCAAGCAUCCACUAUUGCUGGAAUUGUGUGGGUCAUCAUCACGGCAUUGAGGAUUGCAACUGCGUCCCCUUAUUUCUCACAGAACGGACAUCCCCCAGCCUGGAGAUCGUGGAUCCCGGGUGGUAUUGCAGUGGCCGUCGGGAUUUUCAACGUCCCUUCGUUCACCUUGGCAAGAGCCAUAGGAGGCAUUAUUGCAUGGUGGUGGUCGAAGAAGCACUCACAAACGAGCGCCAAUCCCCAUGUUGCUUCAGGAACUAGCAAUGGUCUGGGCUCUUCCACACAGGCUGAUACAACGUCUGGAUUGCGCUCUGCACAGUCAGUGCCUACGACAGCCAAGGAAGAUUCGGAAAAGGCAGAUGCUGCCUCAUCUACCGUUGUUGUUUUAGCUUCUGGCCUCAUCCUGGGUGAAGUAGUCAACAUCCCUGAAAGCGGCCGGCUCCUGCCGACCAAACCCCGCGUGAUAACCCGAUGCGCGCUGCCGAACAUCCGAGACCGAAAGCUUCGCACGCGGCCCCAGGGGUUGGGAUUCGGGAUUACCAAGCAGUUUAAGAUCGCCGAGAUGUCGAAACUGAAAAUUCCAACAAUAAAACCGACAACCUCGAACGACAUUGACCUCUGGACGCCAACGUUGCCGAGGACUGCCCCGAGGGUUCCUGAGAAGAACCCAUCCCCUUGCCCUACAGCCCUUGAUCCCGCAUACCUAGUCAAGUGGGACCACGACGAUCCAUUGAAUCCCCAGAAUUGGUCUGUAAAGUACAAAUGGUGGGUGACUUUUCAAUUGGGUAUGCUUGCUUUGGCGGGCAGUUUGGGUUCGAGCAUCACAACACCGGCCGAUGACACCAUCGCCGAGUAUACUGGAGUGAGCAAUGAACUUGCUGUGUUGGAUGUUUCUCUCUAUCUACUUGGGUUCGUUUUCGGUCCUAUCAUCUGGGCUCCUCUUUCAGAAAUUUUGGGCCGAAGAGUGAGCAUCCUGCCAGCCGUCUUUUGUUUGGCUCUCUUCUCUAUCGGGACAGGCGUGAGUAGAGAUGCUUCUUCAGUCUUCGUCACGAGAUUUUUUGCUGGAUUCUUCGGUUCGGCGCCGAUCAGUAACGUCACCGCCGCACUAGGUGAUAUGUGGAGCAAAGAGACGAGAGGAACAGCCGUCAGUCUCUACGCCGUAGCUGUCAAUGUUCUUCUCAAACGUAAAGCACAGCAACUUCGAAGGGAUCAGAACGACCCGAGAUUCUAUCAUCCUCAUGAACAUAUGAAACUUGAUGUCAAAUCUGUUCUUACAAAGCAACUCGCUCGCCCAUUGCGGAUGCUCAUCACUGAACCCAUUGUCACAUGUAUCGCAUUCUAUGCCGCAUUUGUCUACGGUGUUAUGUAUCUUACUCUCGAGGUGUUCCCUCUUGCAUUCCAAGAGGCCCGCGGCUGGAAUCGGCUUGUCGGUUCAUUGCCGUUCUUGGGAUUAUUGAUUGGUGUCAUAUCCUCCGUGGGUCUCAACAUCUGGAAUCAAUACCGCUAUAAUCGUAUCUCGAAAGAGGCAAAUGGGAAGGCUGUACCCGAAGCACGGCUUCCUCCUAUGGCAUUUGGCGCAAUCUUUAUCGUCGCCGGACUCUUUUGGUUUGCGUGGACUGCUGAGCCGCCUCAUCAUUGGAUCUUACCAUGCUUGGCAGCUGUAUUUAUCGGCAUAGGAUUCAACUGCAUCUUCCAACAGUGUCUGAACUUUUUGAUUGAUGUCUACAAGGUCUACGCUGCUAGUGCAACGGCAGCGAUUACUUUUCUUCGAAGUUUGAUGGCUGCUGGGCUUCCCUUGGCGGCUAAGCCCAUGGUUAGAGCAUUGGGAAUUGGCCCAUCUGUUUCAAUCAUUGCUGCCGUUGCUGCAGCGUUGCUUCCAGUGCCAUUUUUGUUCAUGAAGUACGGCCCAAAGCUGCGAGGGCUAUCGAAGCUCGCGCCUGAGGAUUCAUAA